GUUGCAUUCAUUCGAAAUCACAACUUUAGAUGGCGUCGAGGAUCCACGGAUCUUCCUUUUUUUAAAAGGGCAGUUUUGUGUGUGUGUAUGUGUGAUAUGACGGAUGUUUAAAUAACUUCCCUUUAUGUCAUCGCACGUGCACCUUGAGAUAAAAAGAAAUGGCGUAUGACUUGAAAAAUGAAGACGACGUGAAAGAGUAUCUGAAGAAUCUUCACAUCGAAUACCAAUUUGGCUGUCACAGCGAGAAAAAACCGGAGGUAUGCCACCUGUUGGGCGACUUUUACGAGGCAAUAAAUUUGGAUAUGAAAAAAGCCGCGUUGUUAUACCAGAAGACUUGUGACGAAUACAAUUACGCUAGAAGCUGUGCGAAAUUCGGUGAUUUCAAAGUGGUUGGUAAAGGUUGCGACAAAGACAUAUCAAUGGGAUACAAAUAUUUAUCAAAGAGCUGCGAACUCAAUGACGAGUAUGGAUGUCUGCAUGCUGGUGUCUUGGCAACAUCUAAAAAUGAUGUCGGAGAAAAGGACAGGGCUAGUCAAAUUCAUAAUGGUGCUAGAUUUCUGAGAAAGGCCUGUGAUAUGUACAACUCAAAUAAGGCCUGUUUCUAUCUGUCAGCAGGUUUAAAACGCAUUCUCUUUGGUUCGCUCAUCAGCGGCACGACCAUGCGACACUACUUGUUGGUUUCUCGCGCCCGGCUGGCGGCCAUCGUCUUUGUUGCGCUCGUUUGUCACGACAUUUUGUCCAAUGCGCAGUCGGCCAAUGACGAAUCGAACAAGACCAUCGUGAACGUGGAUGUUUAUUAUGAAUCGUUGUGCAGCGAUAGCAUGCGAUGGAUCGUAAAUCAACUCGUGCCGUCGUAUCCGGAAUUGAAGCAUCACCUCCACAUUACGUUGGUUCCUUACGGCAAGGCUACGCACACGCGCGAAAGCGAAACCGGUCCGUGGGAAUUCCUGUGUCAACACGGACCGGCCGAGUGCCGUGGGAAUAAGGCUCAGGCGUGCGCGAUUCAUUCCAUACGGACCUCCGAGACGGCCGAGAGCCGUCAUCAGCAAAUGAUGGUCGACCUGGUCGGUUGUGUAAUGUCCUCUGGAAACCCGCCGAACGCCGUCCCGCAGUGUGCUCAAGAUAUUGGCCUGAGUGAGGAUACGCGAAAGUUGAUCGACGACUGCAUCGCGAGUCCACAGGCGGACGACUUGCUCGCGGCGAACGGCGAUAAAACCGGUGCCCUCCAACCACCCUUGAGAUUCGUACCGACAAUAGUGAUUAAUGGGGUAUAUUCGAAGGAAAAUCAGGACGAGGCUAUAAGAGACUUCCCCAAAUUGAUCUGUCGGCAUUUGACAGCGGAGGAAAAGCCAAAUAUCUGCGGCAAAGAGAAUUAAAAAGGAGAGAAGAAGGGACAAGGCCGAGUUGCGCGUUGAAGGUGCGGGGAUAAUCACUCGGUCGAAAUAAAUGAUGAUGUAUUUUGUUCGCUUAUAUAAUAUACAUGAGUACCUAUGUACAAAAAUAUAUACGAUUUGUCGAGUACAACG